GGCGGCCGCCAUUUUGGCGUGGCGAUAAGGCCGCGGUGGCGGAGCGGAGGAAGGGCUGGGGUAGCGGAUGUGGGGAGCGCUGGGGAGGUUCUUCGCGGCUCAAGCCCCGGCUCGGUGGCUCGUUCUUCGCGCCGUGCCUGCGGGUGUGGCCUGCUGAAGGGUUUCCUGAAGGGGCAGGGGUGGCUCGGAGGAGGAUGGAAGGCCUCUGGAGGAGUCUUCACCAUAGCCCAUGUUACCAUGGCCACCCACUUCUCCAAGGAUCAGGAGGAGAGAAUCAAGUGUGUUAAGGGGGACCUUUUCUCAUGUCCCCAGACGGAUGCGUUGGCUCAUUGCAUCAGCGAGGACUGUCGCAUGGGUGCAGGCAUAGCUGUUCUUUUUAAGAAAAAGUUUGGAGGCGUACAAGAGCUGUUGGAUCAACAAAAGAAGACUGGGGAGGUGGCAGUUCUCCAGAGAGAGGACCGCUAUAUUUACUACCUGAUAACGAAGAAGAAAGUUUCUCACAAACCGACAUAUGACAGUAUGCGAAAGAGCUUAGAAGCCAUGAAAGCUCACUGUCUAAACAAUGGAGUUACUGACAUUUCCAUGCCUAGGAUUGGAUGUGGACUUGACGGCCUGGAUUGGAAUAAAGUUUCAGCAAUACUUGACCAAGUGUUUGAAGACACAGAUAUAAAGAUCACAGUUUACAGUCUGUGAGCAAAAGAGUUUAAAGAGAGCCCCAUUUCCCUCACUUUCAGGAGUGGAAACCUGUUAACUGAUGAGGGGGGAAACUGCAUGCUGAGCACAUUCUUUGUCUGAGCGUAGCUCACUCUUGUGUUAUCAGUGGCAGUGGCUUUUAAUAACAAAAAAAAAAAAGCUCCAGAGCAGCUAAUUUGGGAUGUUGUGUUCAGGGAGCCUGUGAAGAAGGCAGGGGUGUUGUGGUAACCCUCAGGGAGUUCCCAGUCUGUCCCAGCAAGCCGCCAGAUGUCACUGGUCCUCCACGGAGCACCUGCCUGCACUAGAGCCUCUACUUAGAGCUGACAGUUCCUGUGCAGAGUGAAACCGGAGCUGUCUGUUGCUUAGGUCUUUGUUGGUUUGUAGUUAACGGUUGAUAAUGAUGAGCUGUGGAGCCCUGUCACUUUUUUGUUAGAGUUUUGCGAUGGCAUACAGUUCAUUUACUCUGUUCGUUACAGGAUUAAAAAUCUAAUUUCUACCUUCUGGCCGCAAAUAGAAUUUUUUGUUAUGAGAUUGUACUCACUAAGAAUCAUGCUACCAACAUUAAAUAAAUAGCUCUUCAGUACUCUGCUGUCAGAUCAGAGCACUGUCCUUUUGAAAAGCCUA